UUGUGCUCGUCGUCGCAGCUUGGUGUCGACUUUCAAAAUGGAUGCUGCUGUAGUUCGACAUCGGUUUCCGUUUCUUUUUCGAUUCGGAAUACGCCGUGUGCUUUCGUGUUAACAAAACAGUAAUUGUACAGUGUACAACACCCAACAAAGUUAACUUUUGGGGACAUUAAUGCCGGUUUUAGUUGAUAUAUGUUUCCACUACGUGUUAGAAGUAUCGGUUAAUUUGCAACUUCCUGGUAGUCGCAUGAACGUCAGAAAAUAACUGGACAGAGGAGCAAAAGUGACCUUUAAACGACGGCCGGACAUUAAAAAGUGUGUUGUAAUGUUUAACAGCAGGUUCAAGUGUUUGGAACGAAAGAAAAAGGCGGAAGCAGAGAUUUCGUAAGAGUUCAGCAAUGGAAAACCGAAAUGGUGGAUCCUCCAGUAAAGGUGUUUUGGAACCGGUGACGGAAGGUUCUGACGUCUUUAACAAGAACAUUUUGAAUCCACUUCAGAGUUCCUAUUUAUAUGAAGAGUCAAAGCAGAACUUCACAUAUAAAUCAGCCUUCUUAAUUCGGAGUCCCGCAGUAGAAGAGAAGUAUAAUGCGUUUCGAGCAAAGAAAAGAGAAGAUGGAUACUCAGAAGAGGAAUUGAAGGAAUCAUAUGGGUUUUUGCUGUUUGAUGAUGAAAACAAGGCUAAUCAACUUGGUGAAACUGGUGUACUUGCUGGAAACAGCACAUGCACAACUUUGGGAGAUCCUUCUAAGGGUGUAUAUAUGUCAAUGUACUCAGACUGUUUGGAUCAGAAUCGCUGGUAUCAUGGAAAAUCUGGAUGUAUUGCCAUCAUCAGAGUAACAAAGGGUAGAGUUAAAAAGGUUUUUGAGAACUACACCCAGAAUUUCACUGAACCCUCUGUGGGGUUUGACUGCCAUGUAUCAGAACAGCUAUCCUCUGUGUCUGCACAGACCAGCUCCUUUCUUGCCUUUGAGAGAACUCAGUAUUACUUGUAUGAGCUGCUACAUACUGAAAACAAGGAAACUGCCCAAUCUCCCAGCCUGGCCUGUCCAUUUGCUAUUGUAUCAUUUUCGUAUACAGACAAUAAAGGAACAUUUGUAGAACCACAGGAGAUAAGGGAGCAGAAAAAAAUGGGAUGCCAUUUUUCACUCUGGAAAGGUCAGCUCCAGGUCGGAACUCGGUUUUACCAUGUUGACUUAAGAUCUACAGUGGGUGCCUUUCUUCCUGCAAAGCUAUCAACAGUGGCGAAAGUUGAUAGCGCCAUUUCCAUGACAGGCAUGAGACAGCUGUUGCCGAGGGCUGUCUUUGAAUCCUGUUUCUUUGAAGAAGUCUUUAUGGAUGGCUUAUACUGCAGUUUGUGCGAGUUGAUUUCCUCUGUGAUAGAAGAAACGGCCUCCUUUUCUCGUCUUCUGAAGGAACUAAAGAAGAAAGAUCUUGGUCUCACUGUUCCAUUGAACGAUGGUGGUUUUCUCAUGCUCCUACACUCUUCACAUUUCAUGACAUUUGAUGAUGCUGGAUGUACUGCAGAAGAGGUAAUGCAAGGGAUUUUUGUGUUUCCAGACUCACGAUUAAUACAGAGAGAUACAAAGUUUGGACAGUGCAAGUCUGCCAUUUCAUCGGAAGCACUUCGGAUUAUUCCAGCAUUAGGAUACGCAGAGGGUGAAGUUGAGAAAACACCUCUAGACCAAACUGAUGAGCUCAGCAAUGUUUUGGUGCAACAUAUGCAGAGUUAUGCAGCACUCAUAAAUCCUGGAAUAGCAUCAAGUCCCUCGAGGGAAAUCAUCAUAUUUCCAGAUCAGUAUGAUGUACCUGAUGCUCAUAAAAACCUCUACACAGCCCCCAGGUGGACUAAUAGGUCAUGGCAAAGCUUCCGCUCAUAUGUGAACAAACCAGACUCUUUUCAGCUGCCAGUGUCCGUGGCUUCAGAAAUCUUGGCAGCUAGAGAACAGGAUAAAACAGAAGACCAUGGUGAUGAUGUCUACAUCGAUUUAUCAUCUCCUGAGGGUGCACCACCAAGUCCUGUUAUUAUGGAGAGAGAAGAUCAGCUGACAGGACACAAAUCAUCUCCAUAUGUUGAAAUGGGUGACAGUUGUGCAGAAGCAAAGCUUGACUCACUUGUAUUACCUCAGAAUAUAGUUCCAGAAGAUCAGCAGCCUGGAACUACUGCUGAUGACACUGAAAAAUUGGACUUCUUAAAGCUCACUGAUACUGUUUUUAUUGAGGCAGAUAAACUGUCAGUUCCGCAUACACCAGAUGACAUUCCAGCAGAGCUGAUUGUCAGUAUUACUUCAGCAGAGAGAACUACUGAAGCUCAUGAUAAGAGACUGGGUGUGAUCAGUACUAUAUCCACAACAAAGGAUAAUGAUAUACAGCUUUCCAAUUUACCAUCAGGUGAUUUGCAGAUGGUAGGGUUGAUGACUAAUCCCACCACAAAUUGGCAAAGGACAUUACACAAGGUAGAAUCAAAAGGUCAUACAAAGGCUACUAAAUCGUCUGUUCAGGCUUCCAGUUUACAGACAAAAGAUGGCAACUUCACCUCUUGGGAACAUGAUCAGACUCAGAACACAUCCGGUCACUCAGAUUUGGAUAAAUCCACAAAUACUGAUUGGAGAAAAUUUCCAAAAUGUCGACGCAAAUAUGGAAAACCAUCAUCAAAACGUAAGAAAGCUCCAAGUGUUUUAACAACAACACAACAGGAGAAAAAACCACACCCUAGAAAACUUGGGGUCAGUAUAAUUUCAACUAAUGUUGAAGCUUCUUUUCUACUAAAGAAAUUGGACCUCUGGGAAUUGAAGCCAGUUUUCACCACAUGUGGAAGAGUCUUGGUUCCACACGGCUUCGUUGAUACAGGUGAUGUGAUUAAAUCAUCAAAAGAUGAGCAACAACCAACAAACAAUGAACAGUGUCCUGGAAAUAUGCUUGAUGUUACCUCUGUGAAAGAGCAUGACACAAUUGAAAUGAAGCAACAGUUUAAUGCUGCUCCAGAGACAACAACUGAUGAUGCAGAAUCUUGGGAUGGCAGUAAGCACCCUCAAAACACUGCUGUAAAUUCUGAAAACAGUGAUUCAAGAGAGUCUUAUGUUGGCAAGAGUUCAGUACCUUGUAAGCCACAGGGUGACCAUUCUUUACACACUGAUGAUACAGACAUGCUUCCCUUUGGAGAGGUUCAAGAAAAGCAAACUGAUGCUCUGUCCCCGGGAAAGAUUGUUAAAAAGAGUGACUUUAUGUUGAGUAAACUGUCUGUGCUUUUAAGAGGAAAGAGGAAAACACUCCAUGACAUUUCAGAGGAAGUAACCAACAACACCAAGCCUUGUCUUAAAAAGGGUUUUGGCUCAGACAUUGAGACAUUGGCUGGUAAUGAAGCAACUAAAAGUGCCCUGGAUGCCAGUGAGAGUGUUGAAGCUUCAGUGAUGCAAGUUGACACUGAUUCUGCACAUGCCUUAUGCUUGACCCGUAAAGAUGUAUCGAAUGAGAUGCAGAAAGCUGAGGGUCACGAUACUCAUCUACCAAGAGUGUUGUCUGAGACGCAGGAACAAGCCAUUGCGGACAACGAACCUCAACUAUUACAAAGUCCUACAUCAAUCUUCCAACGAAAGUGUCGGGUGAAAAUGCUGAAAAAGCAGCAAGACAUCCCUGAAGACGAUAUAAAAAAGAAAUGGUGGCUGCAUUUUCCCACAUCAGUUUUUUUGAAUGAAACAGACAAAUUGAAAGCAUGUAUGAGUGAAUUUUCAGUCAGAGAACAAAAGAUUGCUGCUUGCACAUCUACAGAUGCUUUGAACCUACUUGCUGACUUGGCACUGGGUGCUACUGCAGAACAAGUUCCACAACAGCCACACCCUACACUUGAGAGAAAAGCUUCAUCAAGUUUGGAAAUAUGUGGCCUUACUGAAGACCAUUAUAAUACUGAACAAGAGUCAGUUCUUCAUGAUCUGCUCAGGCAACCUGCUGCUUCAGCUAGAUCCAACCUACCUUUCGAGUCUUCUUUAACAAGGAGUGAUUUGAUUGAGUCUGUCUCAAAAGAACAUAAUUACUCAUUGCUGCCAUCAUCCUCGCUACCAUUAGGUGUGCCUGGAGUGGCUUCACAGGAGUCCCCUUUAUUUUGUUCACCUAGACUGCAGUAUCACCACCUGAAAAAUUACAGUGAUGUGGUCCAACUUGCUUCUGAUGGCCUAGAAGACAGAAAUGGACAUAAUAAUAGGACUCCAGAAUCCACUAAAAAGCACAUGAUGGGGAAGAGAAAGUUCCAGCACUCCCAUGCCUUUCUAAACAAGGAUGGAUUCAUCCAAGUUACAAGGCAGUGGAAAGAAAACUAUGAUUUUAAUCUAGACAGCAAGUUUACAAAUGACGCAAAGGAUAAAACUAUCAUCCGAGCCUUGCAUGGCCCGUGGGAUUUCACCAUUCAAGACAGCAGGGAAGAGGUGCAACUUAUCGUCCACAUGUGGAUUGGUCUGUUUUAUAGUCGGACAACAGCUAGGUUCUUUCAGGUUGACGCAAAUUUUAGAUACCUCUGUUCGGAAGAAAGUGAAUCUCUGGACACAAUUAGUGGAAUAGUACCUUCCCCAGCUGUUUCCGACCGAAAGACGACUACAUCAACAACUUCGCUGAGUAUAAUUCAAGACUCUUCCUUUUCAAAAGCUUUGGACUUGAGCAAAAAAGAUGCACUUGUCUUGAAUGAAGGAUCGACUAUUUUGGACCUCUCAUUGAGAAAUGACAAUGGAUAUAUUAAUACUUCGACUCCACAAGUUGAUGGAAAAGAACCUACAUUAUCCUCAGCCACACCCAAUGCAUCAGUGGGACUAAAUGAGAGAAGCACAUCACAUCUACAUCAAGCCAAAAGUCAUGAGUGUUAUGGAGACUUGGCGCACAUCACAAAUCUCAAGGACAUGAAUGUUGACACCAGAAGCACCUGUCAAGAUAAGAGCAUUUGUCCCUCUCAAAACAAUGGCUAUUUGGAAGAUAGUGAUGAGUUAUCUUUUAGAGACCAUGGAACAUCCUUCCCCACACACAAAUGGAAGAAAAGGGAACAGAUUCUGUCAGAAAAUGUCAUGUCUGCUUUGGGAAAUGCCCACAUAAUACACGAACCCAACACUGAUAGCACAGAUGUCAGAGAUUUUGAAAAUCCUGCAACCACAGCAAUUAAUUUGGUGCAAAAACCUAAAACUGAGUCAUCUGAUGCCAUAAAAUACAAAGAGGUAGAUUCCAACAAUGAAACAGAUAAUGGGGUCCAGGCAGAUGUGGAGAACUGUAAACUGAUGGAACAACCUGACCAAGCAGACUGCCAUACACUGUUGAAGACAAGUGAUGAUUCUACAAAUAAAGAAUCAGUGAUGGUCUAUAGUGAAAAAACUUUGGAAACUGACGAGAGAUCUAAAACAGACUCUCUGGGCCAGCCUAAAAAGCGCAAAAAGGAUUUCACCAUAGCGUUUGAUGAAGACAGUUUUGUUCCACCUGUGGAUACUGGCAGCAGUUUGAGUACACAACAGCUGCCUACAAAUGAUCACCAUGAUCCAAAUAAAAACUUUAUUACAGAGAGUGAUCCACAUACAAUUAUGGAUGAACACCCUUAUCAUGCAGAGAGUGGACAAGAUGCCUGUGGUGACAUGCAGCUGAGUGUGGAAUGCACAAAUGACAAUGCAUCAACAGUUAAACAUACCAUUUCAGAAAAAGUGGAACAUGCAACAUCGCACCAAGAGCCUAUUCAUUUUAAAUUUGUAAAAAAGGUAAAUAUCAAAACCUAUAAGGUAAAAUGCAAGAAGGCAGCAUUAUCAGUGAGUCAUGAAAACCCAAGGUCGUUGGUCAGAUCUAGUGCAAAUGUUGCACAGUCAAAACCUAGAACUAAGUUAUCUGAAGCCAUAGCAUGCAAAGGGAUAGAUUCCAACAAUGAAGCAGAUAACCAGCUCCACAUAGAUCUCGAAAACUGUAAAGUGAUAGAACAAACAAACCAAGUAGGCUGUCAUAUAGUGUUGGAGACAAGUGAUGAUGCUAAAAUUGAAGAAUCAGUGAUGGUCUGCAAUGAAAAACCUGUGGAAACUGACACUCUGUUAUCUAAGAAGGGAUCUAAAGCAAACUCUCCUGGGCACCUUAAAAAGCUUAAGAAGGAUUUCAUCAUAGCAUAUGAAGAGGACAGUUUUGUUCCACCACUCGAUACUGGUAACAGUUUGAGUAAGCAACGGCUGCUUACAGGUGAACGCCAUGAUCCAAAUAAGAGCUUCAUUACAGAGAGUGAUCCACAUACAACUUUGGAUCAGCACCCUUGUCAAGCAGAGAGUGGAAAAGAUGCCUGCAGUGACUUGCAGCUAAGCGUGGAAUGCACAGAUGACAAUGCAUCAACAGAAAAAGUGAAACAUGCAACAUCACACCAAGUGCCUAUUGGUAGUGAAUUUGUAAAUGAACUAAAUAUCAAAACCUAUGAGGCAAACUGCAAUAAGACAACAUUAUCAAUGAGUCAUGAGAACACAAGGUCUUUAGUCAGGUCUUGUUCUAAUAGCUCACAGUCAGAACCUAGAUCCGAGUCAUCUGAAGCCACAGCAUGCAAAGGGGUAGAUUCCAACAAUGAACCAGAUAAUGGGCUCUGUGUAAAUCUGGAAAAAGGUAAACUGAGAGAACAACCAAAUCAUGCAGGCUAUCAUACACUGUUCGAGACGAGUGAUUAUUCUACAAAUAAAGAAUCAGUGAUGGUCUGCAAUGAAAAACCUAUGGAAACUCUCAGUCUGUUACCUAAGGAAGGACCUAAAGUAGACUCUCUGGACCAGCCUAAAAAACACAAAAAGGAUUUCACCAUAGCAUUUGAAGAGGACAAUAUUGUUCCACCUGUGGAUACUAGCAGCAGUUUGAGUAAGCAACAGCUGCCUGCAAGUGAUCACCAUGAUUCAAAUAAGAAGAACCUCUUCACAGAGAGUGAUCCCUAUACAACUUUGAAUGAGCACCCUUGUCAACCAGACAGUGGGAAUGAUGCCUACAAUGACUUGCCGCUGAGCAUGGAUUGCACAAAUGAUAAUACAUCAACAGAUAAACAUACCAUUUCAGAAAAAGUGCUACAUGCACCAUCACACAGGGAGCCUAUUCAUAAUGAAUUUGUAAGUGAGCUAAAUUAUAUUUAUUUAUUAAAGAGGGCAGUUGGCAGGAAGGCAGCAUUGUUGAGGCAGGAGAACACUGGUUCUUCAUGUGCAAGCGUUUCACAGUCAGCCAGUAGUGAUGAAAGAGAAAGCCCCAGCGUGGCUGCUAAAAAAUACAUUGUGCUAAGUAGUGGGGAUGAAGAUCAGGAUGCUAAAUUACAUGAGGUAGAGAAACACUCAUCUAAAAGAGAACAGUCUGAAGACCAUUUCCAAUGCAGCGUUUCAAAAAAGUGCAAAUAUGAAGAUACUUCAACAAAAGAAACAAAUGCAGAAAAUGACAGAACUGAAGGACUGGAAAAGAUUGAUAACAGGGUGAUAAUACCAUUUAUUGGGAUGGAAGCCUCUGAAAAUGAUCUAAUUUACCCACAGGUCCCAUGCUUACAAGACAAGUUUAAAGAAUAUGCUCACAACCAGCAAGAAAUACCAUUUAUCUGUGAAACUACGAGUAACGAGUGUAGCCUUCCCACAGAUAUAGACAGUGCAUCUCAAGCAUGUCAUGAAAACACAGAAGAGCUUUUUGCUAAGAUGCCAUUUCUUGAUGCACAUGAAGACAAACAUUUCUGCAGUGUAAGUGAGCCUGACACCAGAUGCCCUACACCAACUAUGGAUGAGAAACCAUUUGAAGGUACACCUUACUCGGACACAUAUGGUAGUAUCUCUUCUCAUAGUUGUCAUGAAAAUGGCAAAAAUAGACAUAAAGAUCCAAUCAGAAGUUCAUUAUCUGGGGAAGAUGUUAUGGCUCUUGCUCAAAAACACUGUCCGACAUCUACAUUUGAUGGUGAUCCCCAUCUUGAUCCAGACCAUGUAGUCAGAACUCAAAGAGUUUUAAGAUGUCUACAUGACUACUUGUCCACGACCACCCACAUUGAUACACUCACUCCGAAAGAAACAGCUGACAGAAACUUCUUUUCUGAUCAAGACCCUGACCCCAACAGAAAAUGCAUAACCACCAGUUCAGGCUCAAGCCACAUCUUCGAUAACUCCAGCAAAAAGGAACUGCAUGAUGUGAAGCAAGGGGUUGUGUCAGCAUCAGCCAUGGAACACGAGCAUACUCUGUCGUCAUCAUCAUCAUCAUCACUUCACCAACUCAAAUCAUGUUUCAAAGAUAAUUUUAAGGAAGUACUCCAAACUAAGUUACAAUUCGUGGAAGCGGGUCCAUCUGUUGGUCAACAGUAUUCCAAAACAAAAGACAAAUCGCAGGGCACUUUCAUCGGCCACAGUUGUCACGCAGUCUCUCCUAUAGAGUGUUUACAAGCUGUCACUCCAAAUAUCGACUGCAAUGGAUGUAAAAAAAACUCACAGAGUAGUUUAAGUCACAAACUUCUUUCAUACAGUCAGCGACCCGUCUUGGCUGUGAAACCAUCCAAAAGUAAAGAAAGGCAAGCCAACAUUUCAUCCAUCAACAAUAAAGCUUCACCUGCAACUUUCUCCAAGAACAUCUUUGAAUCUGUCAAACCCCCCCCAGACACUGGCAGUACACACAUGCCUUGUUCAGCUGAGAACAUUUGGCAAAAAACUGAAGAGACGCUUGAGCUGAGCGAGAAUGACUACUUGGAUCUAGAAUCAACACCACCUUUGGAUUAUAACACUUUUAUUCUGGGAUGUCAAAGCUCACUGAAAUGCACAGUUGAUAACUCCAGCAGGAAAAGGUCGCUUUCUUUUCUUGAGAAAAUGUCACGAAGGUGCCUGCAACAUGACAUGACUGAAUCUUCUAUGAACCAGGAAACCCUUAUCUUCUCGGAACAAAUGAAACAACUUUUGAAAAGGAGUAAGCGGGGUUCCAGCUGUAAUCACAACAGAGAUGAUAAAUCAAAGUUGUCCUGCUAUAGUCCCCUAAGUGUACACAUUUCCUGUCAAGAGGACCAGCAAGAUUUGGCACACAUGGACGAUCUCCCAAUGUCUCUGCGUCAUAAAGUUAAUGUAGAUUUGUCUAAGGGGAAAUGUCUGUCCAACGCUACAGAGGAAAAUCUGACUUUACAUACUCCACAGUUGUCUUGCAGAAUGGAGAAGCCAGUGAAAUCCAUUGACAUUUCUGGUAUCACGGCAGAAUAUGCCAGCAUAUAUGCAGAUAUGAUGAACAUUAUUUCUGCUGGAAAAGCUCUCCCAUCCAAAAAUAAAACCCUGCAAAAGGAAAGGAAUCACCCACUGGCUGGUCCAAGUCAUCAGAUCACGUUCAGUGAACAAACAAAAAUGGAAAUGCAUGACAGUAUUCUCAGUCUCAAUUCAGCUGUGAAGCAGUUCUCCAAAGCAAAGCACAGAUUCUACAUAUAUGCCACGUCAGAGGAUGCCUUCUUUGAGGAGACCAAGGCAUACUUGGAAGCAGAGGGCCAUGUACCAGUGGAGCCAUCCCAGUUCUUCCUUAAUGAAAUUAGUUCUGCAUGUCUCCUCAUUAUUGUCAGGAAUGAAGACAUCGCAGAGCACAUUUUUGAGGUUCCGCACCUGCUGGAGCUGAAGAAGUCACCCAGCGUUCUCUUUGCUGGAAUUGAUGAACCUGAUGAUAUUGUUAAUCUCACCUAUCAGGAGCUCUUCAAAAGGGGUGGUAUUAUGAUGUUUGAACGGGCUGCAUUGGAAUCGCUCAGCUUCCGCAACAUGGAAAAACUGUCUGAAAUCUUGUAUGAACUAAACAAAACUGGGAAGUGGAAAUGGAUGUUACACUACAGAGACAGUCGUCAGCUGAAAGAAAAUGCAAGAAUGAGCACAGAGGCAAAAAAGAAGAAGCAGUUCACACAGUGGUGCCAAGAGGCUGGAAUACUGGAAGUGUUGCCUUACCAUGAGUGUGACAUCGUAUCAAGGGAGCGAGCUGAUUACCUCACUUGCCUGGUCCGCUUGCAGAUCCAGAAUAUCUCAUCCCGUUUCACUGUAUUUUUAACUGACAAAACAGAUGACACAUUUGCAAGAUGUGGAAUUUUAACGAUGUCCGUCACGUCUUUACUGACGGUUGCGCCAAGUGAAAUGUUCCAUUUUUGAUCUGAAAGUGUUACGUCAUACCAACUGGAAUUUGGCUUUUAUUUACAAAAGUAUUGCAAAAUCCUUUUGGAUCACAAAAAAACGAGUAGCUCAGCAUUAAUCAGAAAAUAUGAUUUCUGUUUAUCAUUCUUAAGUGAGUUGAACAAAAGGUUUUUUUUACAUUAAAAAAAGGGAAAUUUCACUUUUUAUUUGUGAGAUACUGACCAGCCAAAAUGAGGCAGAUGGUGAGGGGUUAAAAUUACAUGUUGAUUUAUGGUUGGACUGUUUCUCCUGGUUAAUUAUGAUUCAGUUCAUAGAUAGAAUCACACUGUUAGAAUACAGACUGGGUUGUACAUAUUUAGUUUUUUGUAUAUUGUAUCAUAAAAUUCUAAAUUUGUCAGUUUUGCAUUUUGCUUUUCAUUCUGGUAAAAUGCAUUUUGCUGGUUCUCAGAUAUAAAGACUUGACAGCGCACAACUUUUACUAAUGUAACGUGUUGUAUAUUGUCAUGAACAGGAAAGCAAUUUUUUGCUGUUGACAUUGGUGUAAAUUUGUUUGGUGUGUAUUGUACACUGUUUCAUAGCAACAUUGAUAAGUUUUUGAUUAAAAAAUGGAAUUCAGAUGAUUUUCUAAAUGUAGAUAUUGCUGUAUUUAUUAGUUUUGAUGACAAAGUUGUGAACAUUCCAGUGAUUUUAAAAUUAAAUUGGUUGUCCUAAAAAAAAAAUCUCUUGGACAAAUCGGACAAUAAAUAGUGGUGUACACCAUCCACAACUGUCAAAUCAUCCA